AUGAGUAUUGAAGGAACUCUGCGUGUAGGGCAGAUAACUGAUUAUCCAUCAGCUGCUGCCUCUCGUACUCAUUGCCGGGUAACAGUAUUUUUCCCUGAUGGAACUCAAAAGCAGUCAAAUACGAUUCCAGCAUCAGAAUCUUUCGAUUUUGCAUUUGAAUCAACAUUUAACAUAGAUACAUCAUCUCCAAAUUCAUUCGAUAUGCUUGUUUCAGAGCCAUUAAAGGUAAUUCUCGCUUCAGUUUCAGCAGAUGCAAGACAUCAAACUAACGCGUUCGAAUUUCAACUAUAUCUUGAUCAAUUACUUACACAACGCAAAACAUCAAUCGCUGCUGAUGUUAUUGGUAAACAUUGCGAAGAAAGCGAAUUUGAUGCAUCAAUUGCAGCACCUUCUCUUAAAUUAUCUUUCGAAAUUCCAGAACCAUUACUACCUCAGGAAGAUUCUGAGGGCUCAACAAUUAUGCGUCUUAAAGCAGAAGAGCUUAAAACACUGCCAACAGCAGUUUUGAUGUCCACACUUCAUCAAGAUGACCAAGUUCAUCCAUUUGAUUACAAUGUUGCAUUUAGAUUCCCUUGCGGAAGAAUAAUUCAGCUUCCAGCCGGACAUUUUCAAUUUUCAGAUCCUCCUCUUAUUAAAUGGGAUGGAGUUUCUAGAGUUUUCCUUCCAGCAUCAUCAGUUAAAGCUAUGCUUGAAGAAAACGCGGUUGUCAAUUUUGAAAUUUGGAGAGAAAUAAACGAAGAUUACUCAAACUUCCAAAUUCCAGAUAACAUUACAAAUGCUGUUGCUGGAAGAGGUAGUUUUCCAGCUGCAGACUUUACAAAACCAGGUCAAUCUCACUAUUAUUCAGAUAUUCCUAUUACAAACACAGAUAACUCAGAUCCAAUACGUGGACCAGAUAAUUCCGCAGCUUCCGAAGACAAUGAUCCAAAGAAUAAAGGAAAAGGCCGUAAAGUUUCUUCAAGAUCUUCAAAACGAAAACCAAAACACCCGAUUACAGCCAAAGAUAAGAAGCAGCUCAAAGUCAUGACAACAGCAUUCCAAGAUACUCCACCUACUGGCUUCGACGGAACUACAACUUUAUCUGUAGAUAUCCAAUUUUCACACGCCCUUAUUCUGAAGCCACUUGUACCACAUCCAACGAUCAAACCAUCAGAUCUAGUUCACAGACCAGCUGAAACUCGCAUGCAUCACCUUGAAGAAGCAACAAUUGAAUAUCGCCAAGCAGUUCAACGCCUUGCCAACGAAAUUAUUGCUGCUCAAGCUGAGCGUCGCGAGUGCCAGCUCGCAGUUCCUGAUUUUCCAGACGAUUUGAUGCCACUUUUGGUCAAAUUACCAAGUUAUCACGUUGCUCUUGAAAAACUUCGGAUUGCCAUUUCCAUGACAUUUGCCGAAUUUUCUUUAGCACAUGAUGCCCAAAGCGAGUCCCAAAUGCAGUCAUUACAAAACGAAUUACCUUUUUAUUUGCGAGACGAGCUCGUUAAGCAACUCCCAGACUUCUUCAUUAAAUCCAAGCAGCCACCGGACCUCGGCGACUUCCUCCGUCGCGAGGCCGAAGAAGCGGAACUCAUGGACAGACCAGAAGCAGCAUCCGAAAUGCUUGAAGAGUUAAUUGCCUUGGAUUUAACGAAUGCGGAUUCAUGGUGGUUAUACGGCCGCCUGAUGCUGAAACAUGGUGAUCUAACACGCGCGGAAGAGUGUGUUAGAAGAGGUUUAACAUGUGACCCGAACCACAUCAAGCUCAGCAUUUUGUUCGCAUCGUUAUUGACAAGACAAGAAAAGUAUUUCGAUGCAAUCGACUUUUUGAAAGCCGCACAUUUCAAAGACAGAAAAGUCGAAGUUGUCUUAUCGAUAUUGAACGGUCUUGCCAAUAUUCCUAAUCCCAAACCAACACUUGAAGAAGGCGAAACACCAUUACAGUUCGCUCACGAGUUCAUGGACAUGAUGGAUGUUGUUUUCGCGGAACAAUUAAUUGCUCAAGAACAGAUGAAAAGUGGAGAAACUCUUGAAGUUCUUCUCGCUUUCGGAAGACUUCAUUACCUUCUCCAUGAUUUCUCCAAAUCUGUUUCCUUCUUAACAAGAGCUGUAGGUGUCGAGAAGACUGCUGAUGGAUUACUUUUGCUUGGUCAUGUCGAAUUCGAAAGAAAGAGAUACCAAGAAUCAGCAGAAUGGUUUGAAGAAGGCUUGGAAUUACAAUUCGAACAAAAAGCAGCAUUAAGACUGGGAUUCAUUUAUCUCAAACUCGGUGAUUAUCUUAAGGCUGAAUCAUUCUUAUUCCAAUGCUCUCCACAGUCAGCAAGUUUGUUGCUCGGUUUGGGCAUCGCUGCCUUUAAACUCGAGAAAUACAAACAAGCUGAUGAAUUCUUGAACAGAGCAAGUGCUAUCAAUUUCAGACAUCCAGAUAUUUGGGCGAACUUGGCUCUGUUUUCUCUCAAAAUGGAGAGACAAGAAGAAGCAGAACACGCGGCAAUGAUGGCUAUCAAAUGGAACUUGAGAGAUGAGGGAUUGGUGAAGGAAUUAAUCGAUGCAGGAUUAGUAAAACCAAAGGAUGAUGAUAAAGAUAACGAGGAAGAAGAAGAAAAACAAAAAGAAGAGGAAAUUGAAAAAGAAAAUAGUGUUGAUAAUGUAGAUAAUGAUGAUAGUGUUAAGCAUGCUGAUGAUGAAGUGAAUGAUAUAGAUAAUGUUGAACAGGAUGAUCAAACGGAAAAAGAAUCAGCAGCUGAUAUAUAA